AUGAACCGGAGGAACGUCGGAUUGGCGGCUAAAUGCUUGGCCAUCCUCUUUACCUUUUUCUUCUCCACCACUGAAUGUAAAAGCAGAGCAAGGCAAACUUUUUUUUUGAGCCACUUGGUGGGAAAUACAAAACGGGGAAAUAAGACAUGCCCUAGUGGGAGAGGCCUUAUCAAUGGCGCUUACCGCGUGGACAGAACUACACAGUGGCGGAACAACCAUUUGAACUUCUCCCCAAGUGGAGGUGAUCCCUGUACACACGGAAGGUGUGCAGGACGAACAGGAGUUGGAGCUGCGCAGAGGGUUCGCAGGUGGGAGAUACUACCUGGCACGCACGCCAGAUCAACCAGUAUCCCUUCCACUACUUCUAUAAGUAGGUCUACCAAUAGGCUUACUACCACUUCAUCCAGCCCCCCCCUGUGGGCUCGCAAAAUCGACCAGAAGGAAAUAAAGCGGAGGAAAAACUACCAGUACGCAUUAAAGCACAAGUAUGAUAAGAACGGAAGAAGGAUAAAGGAUAUAAACAAAGAAAGGAAGUCUGUCAAAAAAAAAAAGCUAUUUGACUACGAAGGCUUUAAGGUGGAUAAGAUCUUUGCGUGCCUCAGUGAGGAGGAUAUGCAGGAGUUGCGGGAUGAAGAGUUGAAACGAAAAUCUGGGGAAAUUCUCCACAACAAUAAAUAUAUUGAUACUUAUGGCGUAGAAUCAGAGACGGACUUGGACGACAUGUGA